AUGGCACCCACAACAUCCCAUCUAGCCUUUUUGACCGAAAUGGGCGACACCGACGUAUAUAACGAUCUUGCAUUAGUCUGCGGAGAUGAGAGGUUCUAUGUCCACAAGGUCAUUGUGUGUAGCCAGUCGCCUGUUCUGGCGGAAUCGUGCAGCAAUAACCUCCAACUUGACUUCGAGACGGGAGCUACGAACGAUGAAAUUGACGUCGAAGGAUUCGACCCCAUAACAGUGCGGUGCAUGAUAGAUUAUAUGUACCGAGGGGAAUACGAGAUCCCAAAAGAAAAGAGACCCGAGUCCCAAAAAGAAACAAUGGCCGAGAUUCUGCUUCCCCAUGUUGAGGUGCAUUCUAUUGCUGAAUGCUACAAAAUCUCUAGACUUCGUGAGUAUGCCACGGAUUACAUCAGAGACAUUCUUGGUGAUAGUCUGUGCGUGGAGGGUUUGAUGGAGGUGGUUAGCACAGUCUACAACACGACAGAGGAUGCUGCUUUGCGUCAGGUGAUGAUUGACGAAGUAGCUUUCUUCAUCGAAAAACUUGUUGACCGAGAUGAUUUUGCCCAACUUGGUUUACUGAACGAGUUCAGUCUUGAUGUCAUUCGAAAGCUGCAGAAGCAGAUUCAGAAGCUGGGAUCUCAUCAAGGCCGUGUUUCGUUGUUCUCAGCAGUGGCUGCUCAGCAGACCUAG